UUACCGGGCAGAUCCCUCAGUAAGUUCUUCGCCCUAAAGGAAAUGAGAGUGAUGGGCACCUGCAUGUGCCAUGGACACGCGGACCGGUGCCUGCCAGAGGAAUAUGUUAACCCAAACUCCAACACCAUACAGGUGAAUCCUACAUGUGACUGUAAACAUAACACAGCUGGAGUAAACUGUGAGCGCUGUGCCGACUUCUACAACGACCUGCCUUGGAGACCCGCGGAAGAGGGGAACACACACACCUGCAGACGCUGUGACUGUAACAACCACGCCCAGCGCUGUUACUUCGACCCAGGGGUGUAUGAGGCCAGUGGGAGGCGGAGUGGAGGAGUGUGCGAGGGUUGCCAGCACCACACCACAGGGCCAAAGUGUGAGCGGUGUGCCCCAGGCUACCAGCCCAACCCCCGCAGCCGAAUGGAUCGUCCCGAUGCAUGCAUUCGCUGCAUCUGCAGUGCAGAGGGGACGGUGAACGGCGCCCAGUGUGAAGACAGCACAGGCUCCUGUCAGUGCAAGGCUAAUGUGGAGGGCCCCCGCUGUGACCGCUGCAAGAGAGGUUUCUAUGGCCUGAGCUCAUCCGACCCUCUGGGCUGCAAACAGUGCUCCUGUUCUCCAGUCGGCUCCCUGUCCGUUUUGUGUGACCCUGUGACCGGGAUGUGUCCCUGUCGCCCCCAUUUCCAUGGCCUGACCUGUGACGAGUGUUCAGAGGGCUACUGGAGACCACCGCAGUCAAAGCGCUGUGAACCCUGCGGCUGUGACCCCACCUGGUCGAUCAGUGACACCUGUGACCCGAAGACAGGCCGGUGUGAAUGCAGAGCAGGCUUUGGAGGGAGAACAUGCACUGAAUGCGCAGACAACACUUAUGGAUCCCCUCUGUCUGGGUGCCGACCUUGUCAGUGUGAUGUAGAUGGGACCCUUCCAGGAGUUUGUGACAGGAAGACCGGAGCGUGCAUGUGCCGGCCGGGUGUCACCGGGACUCGCUGUGACUCGUGUAAACGAGAGCACUGCGACUCUUUCCCUGCCUGCGAACUUUGCCCAAACUGUUUCUUCACCCUGGACUCCCAGCGAAAGAACCUCAGCCUCGCUCUGGAGAAACUCGCUUCCAGAGGUCCAUCUCUUCCCGGAGGCACCGGCGAUCUUGGAAAUCUGGGGCCACGCAUUCGGGCUCUUGAGGCCAGCCUAAACUUGAUCAGAGACUCUGUGUCCCAACCAUCCAGCACUGCCUCCCAGCUUGAUGAUGCCCUGAGCCAGCUGGACAAACUGGAGGAUGAGAUGAAUAGAGUGAAUGAUAAUCUUCCUUCUCCAGUGAGAGAUCCUGGUUUGGAGUCUGAGCUGGAUAAAAUACAAGCUCUGCUGGAUAGCCUCUCUUUGAUUUAUGACGCCAAGGCAGGAGGAGGCGGGACCGACCCCGGCAGCACAGAAGCACUUGAUGCCAUCAAGAAGGCGUAUGAUGAAUCGACAGAAGCAGAGAAGAAGGUGGAUUCUACUGAAGACACGGUGAAGCAAUCCAGUGACAUCAGAGAGGAGGCGGAGGACCUUCAGGGCCAAGUGCAACCGAACAACACCAGAGACCUGAACAAGCUAAAGCAAAACAUGGCCACCCAACCAGACCUGACUCCUGUGGCUAAACAGGUGUGUGGCAGCGUUCGGUCAGAGCCCUGCACCCCUCUGCAGUGUGCAGGGGAAGCUUUGUGUCCAGCAGAGGGAAGCCAGGCCUGCAAGGACGGAAUAAAGUGUGUUGGCGCUCUACCAUUGAGCCAAAAGGCUGAUGCUGAUGUGAUGGAUGUGAAGGACCGACUGAGCAACCUUAGCGCCAAGAUCACAGAGGCUACCCAGAUGCUUCAGGAGACACAGAAGGAAACAGAUCAGGUGAAAAAAUUAGCAAAGGACCUGGCUGAUGAUUCUAAGAAGGCCAGGGAUGAGCUGGACGAGGACUUAAAGAAAACACGGGACGUUGUUAAAGAGCUCAAAGACUUUCUGUCAGACCCAUCCUCCAACCUGACCAAGGUCCAGGAGGUGAGUGACUUCAUCCUGAAGGCCAAGCCGCCCAUCAGUCGGCCCGAGCUGAAGGAAAAACUGGAGGAGCUUAAAAAGCUGGCUGCAAAUUUACCAAGUACCGUAAAUGUUCUGGAGGAGGCAAAACCACAGCUGGAAGCAGCCAAGAAGCUGCUGCAGGAGGCAGAGGAGGCCAGGGACAAGGCUCUGGAAGCCAAGGAUGACGUCACUGAACUCCUGGAGGACUUGGAUUCAACGAAAAGUUCCUUCCCUGACUUGGAGGGAAAACUGCAGGACAGCAUGGAUCUCAUCCAGAACCUGAACAAAGACCUGACCCAGGCUGAAGGCCAGCUGACGCCAGCAGAGAAAGCUCUGGACGAUACUGGAGCGCUGAUGCCGCCAAUGAAGGAAACGGUAGACAGACUGAAAGAGCUGCUGCAGGACGCAGAGCAGAAGGCUCCUGAUGCUCUGGAGGACGCACAGGAAGCCGUGGAAAAGGCAGCCGCUGCAGAGCCGGAUCUGAAAGAUUUGGAGGAUAAGGUUGGUCAACUUAAAGACAAAGCAGAUACUGGAGGGACUGGAGAGACGGACCCUGUGGGAGAUAAACUGGAGAAACUGCAGGAGAAAGCUGUAGAUCUGGCCAACACCACGCAGAAUAUGACAGAUUCCCUGCAAGGAAAAGCAGACUCUCUCAGAAGACUCCAGGAAGAGAUCCUCCAGAAGUCUACGAAGCUUGAGGGACUCGACGCCAAGCUUCAAGACAUCUUGAAAACUCUUCGAUCUAAAACGGAGAAGCUGCACAGCUGUCAGAAUUAAACCCGCUCCUACCAGCGCUCUCUGAUUGUUAUAACAUACAUCUUUUAUAUUUGCACUCUUUGCAUCGCACUUUUUUCAGGAAAAUCAUUCUUCGUGCUGAAAGAUCUUACUCUGCGUUUCACUCUGAGCUACGCUCCACUGUUGGAAAAAAAAGGGGACAGUAUUUAUUUUUUUUGUCUUUACAUUUUUAUAAUAAAUGGUA